AUGACCACGAGACGCGGAACAACUACACGAGGACAUAAUAGAUUGGGGUCAUCAACCGCUGGCUAUGAUGAAUUGGGAGUUGUGACUGAAAGAAGAGAAGGCUCCACAGAUCUCGAGUCUCUAAGACGGGACCUAGAAGCUUCAGAACGUGAGAACAACCGGCUCAAGGACCAGAUACUGUCAUUACAGGCACUGUUGGCACAAAGACCCAGUGCUGAAGAGCUAAGAGCGGCUAAGGAGACCGUAAGAAAUGUCGAGCUAUUACUCGCUGGAGCAAACAAAGAGAAUGAAAGGGCCAUGAUGGAGACGGAUAGGGCGAAUCGAAGGAUCAAAAUUUUAGAGGAUGAACUGGCUCGUUUGGCUGGAGAGAACUGGCAGACGACACUUGACUUGGCGCCUCGAUCCUCAUUAGAUUCCCCUGAGAAACCGACUCCAGCUCCAGCCUCUGCCAUUACGGCUCCACCACCAACCGCUACAGCGGCAUACCUAGAGCAGGCAAAGGAAGAGCUGAACAAGACCAUUUGCACGGCUGAAGAGAAGGAGAAACAGCUGCAAAACCUAAAGAAGGCCGAGUUGAGUUCUUAG